GCGGGGAUGGAGUCGGGGUGGACUCAACAUGGAGCAUGCAUUUGGAAAGAGACAUUACGCAGCGUACACAUACAUAAGCUCGAAGAAUAAUUCCGAAGCAAAACCCAGAAAGUUGUCAGACCAGGCUACAGGAAGUAUCAAUGUGAACUUGAGAAAAUCAAUCCAUCACGUAGAACCCGGUGGCGGUUCAGAUAGUGAAGGCACUCGCGGAUUUUCUCCCUGACCGUCUCAACCGAUAGUGAACCAUUAGACAGGGGAAGCUUCGCAUCCCGUAGAACAUUGGCGACACUCUCCACUUGCUCAGGCGUGGAGUUAGAUGUCUG